AUGUCAUCAUCCCCAACUUUAAAAUCGACCAAUUCGUCAUCGUCGUCGUCAUUCUCAGGAUCUCUAAAACUUCGUAAAGGAGACACUCUAGUUGUACAGUUGGUACAAGGUGUUGACCUUGUUGUCGCUGAUGUCAAUGGAAAGAGCGAUCCUUAUGUCAUCAUUGAUUUGAAACAACAAGCAAAAGAAUUUAAAUUUAAAACGUACCGUCAUCUUGUAGAGAAAGCAAACGAAAAAUGUCUUCCAGGAGGAUUAGUGAAUGGAUUGUAUCGAACGACAACUCAACUGAAAACCUUGAAUCCAACUUGGAAUGAUGAAUUUCAAUUUGAGUUAUUAACUGAUAGAGAAGAUUUAACAUUGUAUUUUAAUGUCUAUGAUUGGGAUCGAUUGACAGCAGAUGAUCCACUCGGCGAUUGUAAACUUUAUCUAUCCAAAGAAGAUUUAUAUUUUGCAGCCAAUAACCCAAGAGACCAUUGGAUCAAUUUGCAAAAUGUUAAAUCUGGUAAAAUUCAAGUUCAAAUUACAGUAUUGGAAGAUCCCAAUGGUCCUAAAUCUCUUCAUUUACUUUCCUACAAUUCUUUUAAAACACAAGGAGGAAAUAGCUCUAGGUCCUUAACGAAAGAAAAUGUUUCUGAUUCUGGAUGGAAGGAUUUAUUUGAAGUGAUCAAUAAGGAUGGUCAUGGAAGUGAUCACAUUCACAUUCAUGUACCCAAUGAUUGGGAAGUUGCAAAAUGUGAAGUUGGAACCGAUGAGUUUGAUUAUCAAGAGCUUCAAAUGCAACUGAAACUUCCAUCAGAUCCCAAUUUAAAAUCCUCAAUAAUUCCACCUGUUGUACAUCUAGUAGCUAAGAGUUGUGUUCCUAAAAAUCCAAACCAAUCAAUGACAAGCAAUCAUCCUCUAGGAGAGGAAGAAUUCAUUUCAAAGAAUGUGACACAUUUAAUAGAGGAAAAAAAACAAAAAUCUCCUUUUGAGAUCAUCAACAAUGGAAUGGUCAUGUCCAUUCAUGACAAGAAGCAAAUCAAAUGUUGGAGAUAUCAAUAUGAAAGACCCAGAAAAACAGCCGCCAAUGCAAAAAAGAAAGAAACAGUUGAUGAAAUGAUUUUCAACCAAAUUGAAAAUGGACAAUCUAAAACACUUCAUGUCGUGUAUUGUUUCACCUACAAGAAACACUUGUUUUGUGUGAGGAUGGAAUCCAACACAGAUCAUUCCAACAGUAGAAAUGACAGCUUGAUUGAUGAUGUCAAAAGGAUGAUUCGAAGAAUUGAAAUUGAUGACGAUGAUGACAAUGAAAAUGUUGAGGUUUUGAAAGAAUAA